GCCAGAAAAUGGAGCUUGAGAAGGCCAGGAAAAUUGCUGAAGCGACGGAACGCAAGGGCAUCGUGUACACCGAGUUCCGCUGCAACGCUUCCGACAGCUCGGGCUAUGAAGGAUGUGAGAGUGAGACUUCAUCUCCACCGUCAACGCCUCCACUAAAUAUUCCUGCUGGCUCUGCCAUGGUGCAUAAUGAACUGUACGAAGGCAGUCUGGAUAAUCCCCAACUCGUCAUCAACAGUGGUGGUGAAAACAUAGUCUGCGAAAACUACGAAGUGGCGAUCGAUAAUGCACCGCAGAAUGCAGUGGACGAGAUGCGAACUCCUUCCGAUUUAUUGUCCAUUGCCAGGCAAAUCGCUGCUGGAAUGGAGUACCUGUCGAAGAAUAAGGUUGUCCAUCGUGAUUUGGCGGCGAGGAAUAUUUUGCUCUUCCGGCCGAAGCACGUCAAGAUUUCGGACUUUGGCCUGAGUCGCGACGUGUAUGCCAGGAAUUUGUACGAGAGGACUUCCAACGGGAAGGUUCCCAUUCGGUGGAUGGCCCCCGAAAGCAUCAUGCAUCAAUUGUAUACCACGAAAAGUGACGUGUGGUCAUUCGGUAUUCUUCUGUGGGAAAUCGCGACUUUGGGUGGGGUUCCAUACCCUGGUGUUUCGGUUUCGGAUCUUCAUUCCAUGCUGCAAAGUGGAUACAAAAUGCCAAAGCCUACCAACUGUUCUUCGGAU